CGACUUGACCUGGAAAUAAUCUCCGCCGAGAGAGAGAUUCCCACAGGGAGAUUCCCGCUCUUUCUUGUCGAUCGAGGCGCCAAAACCCAAAAAUCGAUCCGUCUUUUUAGAUUCCAUUUUCAAGAGGACGAUUCAAUUUCACCCGAGGCAACAAAAUCGAAUUGAAAGAGACACAAUGUUCGGGAGGUUGAGACCGCCGCCGUCGUCGCCGGACAGUCUAGAGAGAUAUCCGGCGAAGAUCAUCAAAGACGAUCCUCUCUCCGUCUACGAGUCAACACUGCUUAAGCUUAAGCAAGGCUCAAGACUUGACGCUGUUGCUCCGUCUUCAGAAUCGGAGAUUGAGAAUCCGUCUUUAUCUUCAGAUACACAGAGAGAAGCUCAUGAGGUGACUCUGUGCAAUGGCUCUGAUGAUGGAAUGGCUAUAGACUCGGGUUCUUGUGUAAAGAAGAAGAGUCCGUCAGUGCUUUCUAUGUUUUGCAGGUACAAGAGUCAAGCUCAGACACGAAACUUGUCUCUCGCUGUGGAUACCACUACGACAGAGACUGAGAGUGCUUUGUAGACUCAAGUUUAUUCAUGUAUAAAUGUUCUGUUUGUAAGGUGUCUAGAGAUACUAUGCAAUUAUAUAAUUGUUGGUUAAUUUUCUACACUUUGAUUUUAACCACCUAAAAAUUGUAAAAGACAGAAAGAAUCAUUGUCCCAGUCAAAUCUAGAAAACACUUGUUUUGUUC